AUGAAACCAUUAGCAAUUAGAUAAUAAAUAAAAAGUAAGAAUUAAGACAGAAGUAAACUCAUGGUGACCAAAAAAAGAAUUUCAAAGAAAAAUGGGCCAAGAUUCACCAGAACCAUCAAAGAAACUAUUGAGAAUGCUCAAACCAUCCAACCCUCUGCUGGAACAAGAAGAUUACCCAGAUAAAAUAGAAGAAAUAAGUUGGCUAGAGUGAAUGCUUUAAAAAGAAGAAAUUGA